CGUAGUACCAUCCUCCCGUCAACACACCAUCGGCACCCCCGGAUGCCUUGGAUUAGCGUGGCACAGUCCGUCGUAUCCAAGUCCAGGUCUAGCGAACGAAUCAACCAAGCAGAUCAGUUUCGUGACGGUUCGGUAGAUGAUUGCAUAUAUCAGGACGGCAUGGUAGUGGAUAUUUUGUGGGGGUUCCUGUCGGAAGGGCUCAUCACACGUGCUCAAGUCACGAUUUAGGCGUUACGCCAUGUUAGCAUUCAAGGCAGUAGCUAAAAUUCUCCUAUUACUGGGGGAGGUCAUUAGUAAAAUCUUGAGAGCCUCUUGAAAAUCAGCUCCCGGGCACUGCUGUUCGUUCGGAAACACUCGCUCGUAUAACAAACACCACUUUCAUUCAUUGGAUCGAUCGCGAUAUCUGUACUACCUCACUGCACUCGUGAGAGCGCCCGACGUGCCACAGUUCCCAGAAUCUAUAUUAGUACCGUGCACAGAGUGUACGCGGAGAGACUCGACCCCUCUUGACCAAUCUUUCCACUCUGGUAUGUUCAUGUCUUCUACAUCAGUCAGCACUAUCUUGCUUUUCAGGAGAGUACAGUCAGUUAACAUAUGUAGCCUGGAUGUCAGAGGCUAAGAUGAUGCUUCUACAAGUCGAUGUAGACGUGAGCAUCCACGAUAAAUACCCUAUAGGGAGUCGACCAGAUAUUCAUUACAUCCCCUAUGUGAUAUUCUUCUCCUACAUUGUGAGCUUCAUCGGCGCAUACACGACAGUCGAACUACUUCACCGAAGACAAUCUGGAACGUCAUGGCGCAGCUGGGUACAACUGGUUGCAUGUUCAAUCUCAUUCUCCCUCGUCGCCAUCUGGUGCAUGCACUUUGUUGGCAACCGAGCCAUCGUCCUGGGCGACGGCGAGGACGAGAUACAGCUCUACUACAACGCAACGUUCACCACAAUCUCGGCCAUCUUACCAAUGGUCGUCAUGUUCCUCGGUCUCCAAACCGCCGACCGUUUCUAUAGGGGCAACAGGAAAAGCAUGACGCGAAACGCGGCACUUUUGAUCUGCGGAAUCUUUGCAGGCGCCGCAGUCACUGCCAUGCACUAUCUUGGAAAUAAAGGAACCACAGACUAUCGAUUGAUACCACAACUCAAGUUCGUCAUUGGCGCUACGUUGAUUGCUGUCGGUGCUUGCUUGAUAGCGUUCAGUCUGUUCUUCCACUGGAGCGUGCACUGGAUGAACAACAUCUGGAGACGUUUUCUCGUUGCUGCCUUUCUAGCUAUGGCUGUCAGCGGUAUGCAUUGGACUGCUGCUGCUGGAACUACAUAUGAAGUGAGAGGCUACCAUUCGGGUGGUGGUCAAGCACGCAAUGUGAACUUGAUAAUUGCUGUGUGCUUGUGUUUGGGUGCAUGUGUGGUCUGUUUCGCCAUGGGUUUCCUGAAGCAAGUACACAAGAGGAAGCUCAGAGAUCGAGCCGAACAGGUCGUCCUCGCCGUUGCCAUGUUCGAUGAGGCAGGAAAGGUGCUCGUUACACCUGCGGGUCUUCUGCCUUGCCAAACAAUUACCAGGCAGUUCCAUCAAAGGACGUUCGAUGACGAUUUCAACGUUCGACACCCCGUUUUCCAAUGGCUCUUCCAGGUUUCUCGUAACUGGGGAGGCAUUGUCGACCUCAUUCCCGCCAUGAGAGAACACUUGGGACACACAGGAUACCUUCAGGUCGGUACGGGCGGCGCAAGCCGAGAAUCAAUCGACACUGAAGAAGAUACCGAUGCAAGCUACUCGGCUGCGUUUCGCGAGAUGUUCUGCGUUGCUGCACAGGAUAUUGCAAAGAGUCUGGAAACUCGCCUUCAUAAUCUUGGCCAUCUCUAUGAGAAUGUGGAAACUACUGGUACUCAACAUAACGCUCGGAAUCUGUUCGCGAGCACGCACGGAAAACCCAUACUCGCGGCAGAAGUUACUACUGAGCAGCCAGACCCUGAAGCCGGACACUCUAAUCCUAUUGUAUUUGGCAGGGGACAGCUGUUGGUUCUUACUCGCAGAGUGGAUGCAGAUGAAGCCAGUCGCUUUCAGAACCGCGGUUUCCGCUUCGCAGGCAUCGAGCAGGUCGAAGAGCAAUUGGCGCAUAGUCUCCAGAUCUCACGCGGUGAUCUUCACGAUCUAAUCGGGCGCCUUCAGUCUUCUUGUGCGAGAGAUUCGCCAAUUCCCUGUAAAGGAACAUAUCUAGCGGCAUUCCUGUUGAAGCCAUCGCCUGCGAUGGAAGGCCUAGACAUCGUUGUACAACGCAAAUAUCCAGACCGUCUUCCUAUGGUGGAACUGGCUACUAGGGAGCUCACUGACAACGAAGUCAAACUUCUUUCGGCGUACGCUGGAUUGACACUGAAAGAGUGUCUCGACAAGAUCGGACAACAUUCUGGAGACACGCCCGGGGAUAGCCUCUUCCUCGCCAAUUUCCGCAAAAAGAUCCAGGAACUAUGUGUUGAAUGCCCGGAUCCUGCGGUACAGCAAGCAGUGUUUUCUGCGCAGCAGCUGAAAAUGGCACAUGGAGCCAGCACCCUGAACAAUCCAUCGGAGGCAACGCUCUUUGCAUUCUGCGGCAUCAAGGAAAUCUAUCACCAGUCAUUGCGUAGUGCUCAUCUACAAUCUAUGCCACUUUCUUUCUUCCGCACCAGUUUGAGGUCGUGUCCCGGGAGCCCCGAUCAUGCCAUCCUGGCACAGAAGAACCACAAAGAGUUCAGCUCGUUGCUUACAUCUACUAUCCUGGAUACCGAAAAGCCACUGCCACCUAAGAAAAGCGCAGUGUGGAGCGGCCUCAGGAUGUUUCACAGCACUCAUAGCACCCAAAAUCUCGACUCAUGCGUCAGCCCGGACAAUAGCUCGGAGAAAAGUUUGGUCGAUAUCAUACCCAUGAACAGCUCCGUCGCUCCCGGUCACUCAUUCGGUGGGAUCAUGGUCAGCCAAGAUGUAGUUGUCAGCGACACUGUGAAGGAAAACAUGGUGAUGGAGUUGCAAGACUUGGGGGUUCGAACAGAAGCGGGCGUGGGCGAUGCUGCACAACCGACUAUGGCGGAUAAGCUGCUUGCCAUCACAGCAUCCAUCCGGGAUAUUGAUGGGCAAGAGAAGUGA